GUUUCAGCCAUGACGUGUGCUAUUCUUUUCGCAUGCCUCCAUCAAAAAUAUUCAGAUCUCCAACUGGUUUUCAGUCGUAGCAGGAAUGGCAUCGGGUGUGAACAGUUUGUUGAACAGCAGUUCGUGUGUGAUUGUUUUGGGGUUUCUCGUUUUAAUAAAUUUGGCGCCAACCGAAACCAGCGUUAAUGAUGCAUCUUGUGGAAAGAGAAAGAUCAACCUGCAACAGUUGGUCACCCACGGGUACACAACCAAUCCGGGAGAGUUCCCCUGGCACGCAGCGUUAUAUAUGAAAUCUGGUUUUCAAAAGUCUUACAUAUGUGGCGGGACGCUGGUAAAUGAGCUCAGCAUCGUCACAGCGACUCACUGCGUUGUGGAUUCCAGCUCAGGGCAUGUUGUCUCCCCGGAAAGCUUAUACGUGCAGCUGGGAAAGUUCAAAUUGAAUUUGUACGCCGAUACAGUACAAGAACACGCCGUCCUGCAAGUCAUUACUCAUGCAGAGUUCCAGCCGACGACGAGCAAAUAUGACGUAGCUGUAUUGAAACUGGCGACUCAGGCCAAAUUCACAGCUUAUGUUCAACCAAUCUGUGUGUUUCCUCAGCCAAUGAUAAGCUUUAACGACGGAUCCGAAAAAGGAAUCGUAGUUGGAUGGGGUUACACUGAAUAUGACGCUGUAGCCGAUGCCCUACAGGCUACAUCGGUGCCACUGAUUAGUUAUACCAAGUGUUUGGAAAGUAAUCCGGAUUUGUUCGAUAGAACUAUUUACGAUGGGAUGUUUUGCGCAGGUUACACAAAUGGAACGAACGUUUGCAAUGGCGAUAGUGGCGGAGGGUUGUACAUUACUCGAAACGGUGUUUGGUAUCUGAUUGGAAUCGUUUCGUUCACUGCUGCCCGGGAAGAACAAUCAAACUUGUGUAGCACCCAUGACUACACGGGAUUUACCAAGGUUUCAGCCUUCGAAGAGUUCAUCGUGAAAUCCUGUGGAUUGGAUGUGCCACCCCGAGUUGACGUGACCGAUCAUCCAGGUGGCAAAAGACAGAAAUAUAUAUACGCGUCGAAUUUUGAACCACAUGAAAAGAUGAACUGGUUCCAGGCUGGGGACUAUUGUCGAUCGCUUGGGAAGCAUUUGGUGGAAAUUAAGUCCGCACAGGAUAAUGCCAAGGUUCAGGACAUCGUACGAUUGGGUGGAAUGGAGAUAGAUGUGAAUGGAGGAUCUAAGAACAAACAGUAUUGGAUCGGGGCUAACGAUUUGGCAAUGAAUAGAGUGUUCAGGUGGCAAUUCAGUGGGAAACGUGUAAUGUUUACUCACUGGAGAAACAAUGAACCUAACAAUAUGCACAAUAAUGAGCAUUGCGUAGCGGUCAUAGGAAAUAAGCAAGCAUAUUGGUUGGAUGCAAAUUGCAGAGGGAAACGGCAGGUGCUUUGUGAAUAUUGGAAAUAAAUUUGACGAUUGUUAUUUUGAAGAUUGAUACUAGUUUUAUUACACUCUGGCCGGCAACACAAAUGAGAGUAAAUCGAUUUUACGCUCUGUUUCCUUAAGAAUAGCUAUUUUCUACCGAAUUAUCUUACCUCAUUUAUAAUUUCCUAUCAUAAUCUUUCGCGUAAAACUUAAUCACUGGUCCAACGAAUCGAUCACUGCUUCAAUGUAGAAUCUCUUCAUGCAUAAAUAUUGUUUUUUUUACAUUUUUACACAGCUUAUUGACUUACAACUAUUCUUCGAUGUAACGCUUGUCGAUGGUUUUAAGUUAAGUAAUAAGAACAUUCGCUUCUUAUCGUAUAAAGUUAUGAACAGACUUGAAUCUUUGAAAUUGGCUCAGGU